AUGCCGCCCCACCCUGCAGAAUCGCCAGCAAAAAAGCAGAGCAAGUGGUCUGCAGAAGAGGAUACCUUGAUCAUUGAGCUGAGAGGCGGUGGAAUGAAAUGGGAAGAUAUUUCCAAGCGACUUCCUGGUCGCAGCGCCAUAAGUUGCAGAUUGCACUACCAGAACUAUCUUGAGAGAAGGAGCGAAUGGGACGAGGAGCGCAAGAAUAAGCUCGCCAGACUUUAUGAAAGAUUCAAGCCGGAAAUGUGGUCAAAGGUUGCCGAGGAAAUGGCGGUUCCAUGGCGAGCAGCCGAAGCAAUGCACUGGCAGCUUGGUGAAAAUGAUAUGGCCCGUCGCGCUGGAGUGGUCCCUUUUUCUCUUUCCAACGUAACCCUCGACGCGCCACCGGCAGCCAAUCGCUCAUCGCCUACACGCGGACAUUCUCAUUCUCAAUCGCAUUCUGGGACCAUGGCAUCCUCUUCGCGCAUAAGUCGCACAGCAAGCGCUCAGAGUGGUGCAAGCAUGGGACGACCUAGUAGUUUUCAUCAGCCGCAAGCCGCUCGCACAAUUGCAGCACGUAGGGAAAGUACUCCUCGUUCCAUUCCACCACCAAGCCCAGGCGCUUUAGCCGCCAUUGGAGGCAGUAUGAUGGGUUUAGGAAGAGGAGCCGGUCAGAUGCUUCCAAGCGUGGCUGAAUUGACCACUGGUGUCAGCCCGUACAGUGCACCUGCUUAUGCUAUGAGUAUGCCCAUGAGUGGAGGGGGUUACUCUAGUCCAGGUCCAUUUCUUCCUCCGGUGGGAAGUAUGCAAGAUCGAUCUCAAGGAGGCGAUAUUAAGCGGCGAGGCAGUCCGGGAGCAGAAUCUCGGGAAGCCAAUCGUAGACGGCAGUAG